AUGCCUAGUAAGAAGAAAAUUAAGUCUCCUCAAGAAGUAUGGGAAAGUUUAUCUUCUAUUUUUGUUAAUUUUGUCGAGACGGUAUUUUUUAAUUUGGGAGUAAUUGUUGGCAAGCAUCCAUGGAGAACGAUUGUUGUCUCUUGGACGGUUGUACUUAUAAGUUGCACCGGCUUACUAACAUUUUAUAUAGAAAAAAAUCCCAUGAAGUUAUGGGUCCCGCCCGAAUCCGAUUUCUAUCAAGACACCAACUGGUAUAUAGAUAACUUUGGAACUAAUUAUCGUCUCCAAAAAGUUCUAGUCACCGCUGAUAAUGUCCUCGACUCCGAGGUACUUCAGAUAAUUAGAAAUAUUACAAAUCGAAUAGAUUCUAUCACAAUUCAACAUAAGGACAAAACGUAUGCAGUGAAGGAUUUGUGCUUCAAAGUACCGAUUGUUAAUAUCUUUGAUUCAAGUGGAAAAUCUAGAUCUGAGGAUGAAAUACCUAAAUCGACAAAACCAACCAAUACUAAUUACGUUGAUAAUACCCUAUGGGUAGACGACGAUUUUUACUGUGGAUUUCUGGAAUCAUUUCAAAUGACAUGUCUGCGGUACAACUUGCUGGAUUUAUGGCGAAACGAUUUCGAACUUAUAAAUAAUGCUUCGAAGGAGGAAAUUAUAAAAAAAGUUAAUGGUGUAAAAUUCAAUCCAGUUUCCGGCCAUCCUGUAGAUUUCGUCAAAACAUUGGGUGGCAUACAGCGGGAUGAGAGCGGUGUUGUUAUAUCUGCUAAGUCUAUAUUAAUAAAUUGGUAUAUGACUGUAAAUAUGACAUCUGUCAAUUUAGAUGAAGUUGGUAAUCUCAUAGGUACAGAAGAUUGGGUUUCUAUUGAAUUAGCAUUAUGGGAACAAGAAUUUUUGGAUUAUAUUAAAAGUGUAAACCACGAAGACAAGGGAAUUCGUUUAUUUUACGAAGCCGGUCGAAGCUUUGCGGAUGUAAGUGGAGAAGCUAUGUUUCAAGAAAUGGAUAAACUUGCAUUAGGUAUAGUUUUAAUGUUUUUCUAUAUAUUAAUUGCGGUAUCUCGAUGUAAUUGGCUGGAAGUUAGGGUUACUCUGGGUAGCGUAGGGUUGUUAGGUGUAGGUAUGUCAUAUGUAACUGCCGUGGGGUGGUGUUCAAUUCUAGGCAUUCCGUUCGGGCCAGUGCAUUCGUCGCUGCCUUUUCUUUUAAUGGGUCUCGGAGUUGACGACAUGUUUGUCAUGAAUGCUUGUUGGAAAAUCGUAAUGGCUCACGAUUCUCACAAAAGUACACCUGUUAAAAUUGGCCUGAUGUUGAAACACGCCGGCGUGUCCAUUGUUAUUACUUCGUUUACAGACAUUGUUGCUUUAUUGAUUGGAGCCAUAACUAUAUUGCCUUCACUAAAAUCUUUUUGUAUGUAUGCAGCAAUGGGCGUCUUCUUUGUGUUCUGUUAUUCCGUUACGUUUUAUGUAGCAGUAUUUACAUUAGAUCUAAGGAGAAUCGAAACAAAACGGAACGGUGUUCUCUUUUGUUAUCAGCACAAAAAUGAAGUUGCCAUUUCUACAGAAAAAACGAUGUUCCAAAAAAUGUUAGACAAUUUUUACAAAAACAUUAUUUUCACUAAGGCUGGAAAGUCAUUUAUAAUACUCUUCACGGUGAUUAUGUCCGCAGUUAGCAUAAAAGCGAUUCUCAAAUUGGAACAAAGAUUUGAUCCAAGGUGGUUUAUACCCGAAGACACCUAUUAUAAAGAUUUCAUUAAUAUGCACGAAAUUUACUACCCAGAAGAAGGUCAUCCAGCGAUGAUCUUUAUGGGAAAGAUGAAUUAUUCGACCGAAUUCGGAAAUAUUUAUAAUAUGGUGCAAGAGGUACGUAAACAAUCCUAUAUUACCGAUGUCGUAACAUGGGUUGAGCAUUUCCAUGGCUAUGUUUUACAAAAUCACGGACGCGACUUGAGAAAUUCGUCGUCUAUUAGUACAACAGAUUUCAAUAAAUACUUAUCAAGGUUUUUGUUUAGUCCCGUAGGAGGUCGAUUCCAGAUAAACUUGAAAUUUUCAGAACCGAUUAGUUGCGGUAAACCUGUGUCCGAAUUAAUAGCUUGUUCGAUGUCAUUUAGUUUUACCAAGUUCGGUGGUCCAGAGGAAUACAUACCUGCCAUGAAUAACGUAAAGCAUAUUGUGAAGUACGCAAACAUUUCAACAGGAGAUGGCUAUCGUUCUGUCUGGUCAAAAGCCUUCGCUAACUGGGUCACUGAUGAGAUCAUCGCUGUUGAAGUCGAAAGAAACAUUGAAUUGGCUCUUAUAUGUGUCAUGGUAUGCACUGUUAUAUUAAUCACUAAUCUACAAAUGUGUUUAUGGAUAUUCAUUUGCGUAUUACUCACAAUAAUUAACGUAUUAGGUUGUAUGCAGCGUUGGGGAAUGACGGUCGAUAUAGUCUGUUGUAUCGGCUUGGAGCUUGCGAUAGGCUUAUGCGUCGAUUAUGCGGCCCAUGUAGGGCAUUCGUUCUUGACAUUCACUCAAGGAAAUCGAAACGAAAGAGCCUUUCAGACGGUCACGUCGAUCGGAACAGCUGUUUUACUCGGCGGUGGAUCCACUCUUCUUUCACUUUCGCUCCUUAGCAUGUCUAAAACAUAUACGUUCCAAUCAUUCUUUAAAAUAUUCCUUCUAGUAAUUAUUUUUGGUUUAUACAGCGGUUUAUUGUUUUUACCUGUAGUUUUAUCGUUAGUUGGCCCAGCGGGCUACGUGAAGAAAGACGAGGACCACGGUGUUCCAGAAGCGGUCGAAUUAAAUGGAAAAUUUAACGAGAAGGAAAAACCCAGUGAUGACAGCUGA